CCAGGGCCACUCUUUGGACCAGUUCAAAGGAUAUGUCCCAGCAACACACAUGAACAGGAAGGGGUGUGACAAGAGUGUACCCAUUGGGACAUCCUCCAUGGACAUCCCAGCGCCCCUCUGGAAUGCCCCUUGAUUGUGUGGGCUGUUCAUCUGAAUGGUCCCUAAACACAAGCUACAAGUACUAGAGAAGGAAUAAUCUCCCUAAAUGCCUGCCUGGAGACAAGGAUGGACUGGAUGAGGGAUUACAAACAGACUGAAUCCAGAUAAAACAGAGGGAGGUGGUGGACGUCCUGAAUCGGGGGCUGGAGGCCGUUAUGAGUUGGAUGUGGGCUAAUAAACUGAAAUUGAAUCCGGACAAGACAGAGGCUGAACGAUGUUUCGCUUCCUAAAGGGGUUUGUGCUCCCGGAGGCUGCCUGUGACGCGGCCGAAAAUCAUUCGAGAUACGAGAAUCUCUUCAAGAAGCUAGAUCUCAACGAGGACGGACGAGUAGACAUUGCCGAACUGCAAGCUGGCCUUAAAGCGUUGGGUAUCCCUCUGGGAGAUGACGCAGAGAAGAAAAUUUUCAGAGCUGGAGAUACUAACCAGGAUGGCAAGCUGGAUUUUGAAGAAUUCAUGAACUACCUUAAAGACCAUGAGAAGAAAAUGAAACUAGCAUUUAAAAGUCUGGACAAAAACAAUGAUGGAAAAAUUGACGCAUCGGAGAUUGUUCAGUCCCUCAAGAUACUGGGUAUAGAUAUCUCGGCAAAACAGGCAGAGAAGAUUUUACAAAGCAUCGAUGCUGAUGGGACAAUGUCAGUAGACUGGAAUGAAUGGCGGGACCAUUUUCUGUUUAAUCCUGCUACGGACAUUCAAGGAAUAGUUCGUUACUGGAAACAUUCCACAGUAUUGGACAUAGGAGAUAGUUUAGCUGUCCCAGAUGAAUUCACAGAAGAGGAGAGAAAGUCCGGCCAAUGGUGGAGGCAACUCUUAUCAGGAGCAGUUGCUGGCGCUGUAUCUCGAACAGGCACAGCACCACUGGACCGACUUAAAGUCAUGAUGCAGGUCCAUGGCUCAAAGUCAAAAAUGAACAUAGCAGGUGGCUUGCAGCAGAUGGUGAAAGAAGGAGGCGUUCGCUCGCUUUGGAGGGGAAACGGUGUCAAUGUUGUUAAAAUUGCACCUGAAACAGCUAUUAAGUUCUGGGCAUAUGAACGGUAUAAGAAGAUGUUUAUUAAUGAAGAUGGAAAGAUAGGAACUAUGGAAAGAUUUAUAUCCGGUUCCCUGGCUGGGGCAACUGCACAGACUUCUAUUUAUCCCAUGGAGGUUUUAAAGACCAGAUUGGCUGUGGGCAAAACAGGACAAUACUUUGGAAUGUUUGACUGUGCGAAGAAAAUUUUAAGAAAAGAAGGUGUAAAGGCCUUUUACAAAGGUUAUAUUCCCAAUAUUUUGGGCAUAAUUCCUUAUGCUGGCAUAGACCUUGCUGUUUAUGAGGCUUUGAAGAAGACAUGGCUAGAAAAAUAUGCAACGGAUUCUGCCAACCCUGGUGUCUUAGUAUUGCUGGGAUGUGGUACUUUGUCCAGCACUUGUGGCCAGUUAGCCAGUUAUCCUCUUGCCCUUAUCCGAACUCGAAUGCAGGCUCAAGCCAUGGUUGAAGGAGGCCCUCAGCUAAACAUGGUUGGUCUCUUGCAAAGGAUUCUUGCUAAGGAAGGUGUCUUGGGACUUUAUAGCGGCAUAGCUCCUAACUUCAUGAAGGUGCUUCCUGCAGUCAGCAUCAGUUAUGUGGUGUAUGAAAAGAUGAAGGAAAACUUGGGAGUAGCAUGAAAGUAAGGAGGGAAUCAAGUGAAAGGUGAUCGUGGAAUGUGCACACCAAGUGACAAGCAUUCGUGGAUGCUACAUUUAUUCAUGUUUACAACUGGAGAUCAGCUCUCAUGCAAAUAUUCUGUGGGGUUCUCUUGAUGGAGAAGAAAGCCCAUCUUCCUGAAAGAACAGUGAGCCACAUACCUUAAACAAAAUACGCCCAAGUCCUUAGAUCCUCCCAACUGAUAAAUAUUUCCAUUGCUAAUUAAUCUGCAUGGUGGAAGAUCGUCAGUACAUUUUUCUUAUUUCUCAACGAUUAUAUUUGGCUGGGUGGAAUCUCUCUCUCUCUCUCUCUCUCUCUCUCAGGAGAAAAUGUGCUAUUAAGACUUGAAUUUUAUUGUUCAGUGGGUUGUGCCAUCUAACUCUCAUAAAAAAUAAUAGUGUGUUUCUGUAUUCAUGUUCCAGAAUAUGAAAAUAUUAAAAGAUACAAUUUUGCUAAAUGCUUUUAAAAGAAGUCCUAAAAAAAUAAGGCACAGAAAAUCAGCAUGACAAAUUAAAGUUCCUGGAUGCAUUUUAUUCAUUAGAUCCCCCUUUCCCCUUGUAAACUUCUGCUGCGUGUCCUGGUGAAAUGAAUGUGACUCGGACUGGAGUGUGUUUGCUUAAUUACCAGUCAUUUCAGUGGAAUUUACACAGCUAAACCCUAAUCCUAACCCUAAAUCCUAACCCUAAAGUUAUUCUUCGAUAAGUUCCAUUAAAACUAAUGGAGGAAAUUAAUCACAACUAACUUAGUCUUUUUUUGCUUUCAGUGGGGCUCAGUCAUACAAACUUUAACUUGAUCAAGUCCAACAAAUUUCUGGCAGAUUGUAUCCAUUGAUCAAAUACCUCAAUUAGAGUUGGCUGCAGUUUUUAAGUGGCUCAUGACUGGUCUGCUUUCAAUUUAAUUUGUAAUAUUCACCCAAUGAGAUUGUUCUUAAUGCUGAUUGCUUGUGUAAUUAACACAGAAAACUGGCCUAUGAGGAAAGCUAUACUAUCUUUUGUUUGGGUGUGCGCAGGUUGUAAUUUCAGGAUGAAAAGCAUAAUUUGUAUUAAUCUUAGUCUUCACUUACAUUUUCACUGUCUUGAUAGGAAUGCUUCAUGGUGGGUUCUUGCUGGGCUGAUUAUGUGGGAGGUUGAAAUACAAUUCAGAAAUAGAGUAGGAGUGACAUCAUUUGUGCAGUUUUACAGAAACCAUGCAUUUCCCCCCAUAGUAUUUUUUGCAGCUUGGGACUGUCCUCCUUGAUGGGGAACUACUUAUUUAGUAGUGCAGUGGAGACCUUCAAUUAUCAGACUCCUCUGCUGGGUAAAUUGGCUGAAAGAGAGAGACGAGUACACUGAAACUAUCUGAAUGGCAAUAAGGAACAUUCCAUCAAGUUACUACAUUAGUAAAAGGAAUGCAAAUUAAGCCAUGAGCUUGGUGGUAUAACAAGCCCCAUGUGCUUUAUUGUAGUUACUUCUUUCGCACACCUAUUGCAAAAUCAUUUAACUAUGAGCAUUCAUUGAAUACAUUCUCAGUUUAAAAGUAUAUUUAAAUUAUCUGUGAAUGAGUGACAGUAGCUGCUGCCUGAUUAAUAUUUGUGCAUCCCUUUGAAAGCAUGUCCACUUAAAUACAGACACUAUAACACUAUAGAAGCACUUCCUUGGGUUACUCUUGCUAUUGCUUCUAUUAAUUCUUAAAACUAUGCUUUUAGUUUAAAAAGAAUAAAGCUAUUCUUUUUAAAAUGAGCAUAUGAGGAUGGCAUGGAAAAUGGCAUUAGAGUGAAUUAUCUAUUUGCUGCUCUUUUUAAUUUCCAGGACCAAUUGAUUCCAUGUUCUGGGGAAUCAUUUUCCAUACCCAUUUUCCAAAAUACCCAGUUGAACUAACCCGUCUUCUUAUACAUGCCUUACAGAUAUAUAUCUAUAUAUUUCUGGAUAUAUACAAACCUUCUUAAAGUCAUUCCAAGGUCAAUGGGAAGAGUCACUAGGAACAAGUUCACUCUGUCAAAUUCCUCCACGCAGUAAUGUACUUGAUCAUGUGAAGAGAUGUUAGUAUCAGCAACUGCUGCACUUGCAGAGCUGGCAGCCAGUUCCAUGAUAGUGGCUGUUCUCCCCCCCCCUCCAUCCCCCCAACUACAGUAAUGAUAAAUAUGGCUUCUGAUUUUCCCUAUGUACAGCCUUGUUUUUGCGACAUCCCUUUCAGUGUGAUCAGAUGUGUGGAGGAAUUUGCUCGUGUGAACUGUCUAAGAAUGGCAAAGAUUGGGACAUGGUCCCCCAUCACUAUUUCUAUCCCUCUUCUUUGGUCUGCAUUCUUUUUAGAAGCUUAGUGCAAUCUAAGGAGGGCCCCUAAUAAUGUCACCAGACACCUGCUUCUGCGUAAUAAGUGUGAUUAGGAUUUGUGCAAGGACCAAGAGGAUGAAAAAGUGGCUGUGGUAUUUUCUGACUACUACUGCCUUUCUCUCGGUUUCAGCAGAUGAAUCUUUCCUUAGCCUCAGUUAAAGCCACAAAGAUUCCACAAAUAGGCUGGGAGAUCUGGGCUCACCUUUUGACUAAUUUGAGAAGAUAUGUAAACUUUCCAAAUAAUGUGGCUCACAAUCCAGAUUUGCACAUUUUGGGAUGGAAUGCAUUUUUAAUCAGUGGCUGUGCAACGUGCGUUCUUUAACUUUUUGAUUGAUAUUCUGUGAGCACAAUCUGUUAAACAUGGCUCUUUAUAUAAGGCUUAUUCACUGCAGUGGGAUUAGUAUAGAUGAUAUCCCGUGGAUCGUGUCCAUCAUUAUGAAUUGCAGCUUUUGCUGAGUGUAUCCUGUUCCAAUAUGGAAAACUUCAUUCUUUUUUGCACUUGAUUGGAACCAAAUAAUUAAUUGUUUAAGUAUCAGCUGUCCUGCUUUUUUGAAAUUUUAUUUUAAACUACUGGUUUUGCAUGCUAUUAUGAGUUUGCUUAUCUGUGUUUGUCUGUCUACAUUCUCUCUCUCUCUCUUUUUUACUGUAACCUAAAAAUAUGCUUAUUUUCUAUGUGGUACAAAAAUGACCUAAGCACUAUGUAUGUGAACCGGGCUCAAUCCAUUUUUUGUACAAGUGCCCUUAUGAGAAUUUUGGUUAUUUAGUCCUGACUGUUGAAAAAAUACAUGAGAUGCUACAGAUGUAGCUCUGUUACUAUGUGCCUGAAAAAAGGGCUUGAUUCUAAUUCCAUAUGCUUGGUCAGUUACUCAGAGAGAGAAAUGCUGAUACGUUUUUAUAUACCCAUAUAUCUAUAUAGUUUAUAAUAAAUGAGGUUUUGUAAUGCAA